AUGAGACGGUUACAUCUUCAGAAGGUUCGAGCGGCAAUGUUGGAAGCCAAGAGAGCCAAGGAGGAAGAGCGUUUGAGACAACAGCCAGUGAUUAGAGCACGAGUGGCGAAGGGCCUGGAAACAAAACGAAUCAAGAAGGAGAAGAAGCAGGAGAUGAUCAAAAAGAUGAAAGAAAAGCAACAAAAAAAGGCGGCUGAAGGGCAAGCAAAGCCUGUGAAGACUGAAGAAGCCCUUGAUAAUGUAGGUUACACAAUUUUUGGUAAAAGUUCCUUAUUUUGGCCACAACAAAGGUACUCCGCGAACUGCGCCCAAGCUUGGGCGCUAAAGUUAGGAAAAAACGCUUCGACCUAGCUGGCACUGAAUUACUAUUAUAGCUCUAUAGUUUUAAGGGUACCUACGAAGGCUGUGACGACUCAUUUAGUUCCAUACGGAGACAAUAAGUUUAGUUCCGGACAUGUUUCAUCGUAUAAAGUGUAAAAUCACAGGCUGCAGCCGUUUUUGAAGGGUAAGGUGGUACUUAAAAAAGAAGGUAACUCACUAACUAAAUCCACUGUCCGGGCAUUGACAACGAUGAAUUGAGGGUGCAUGCUAAAUUUGGGCUAAAUCCGACCAGUUUCCGCAAAGUUAUAAUUUGUGGCCAAAAUAAUGUUCCAAGAUAAGGAACUUUUACCCAGUUUUUGUUUAGUUCAUGAAGAUGAAAGGGUUGUUUGCAAAAAGUGAUUUUAAUUUGUUUUUUUGUUUCAGAACUUGCUUGGAGACAUGCCCCAUCACGAAACCGAACUGUAG